AUGUCUACUCCCGUGUCCCCGUCCCCUUCCCUCUCCCCUGACCCUGACCUCCCCGUGGCCACCCCUGGGGCCUCUCCCCUGCCCUCCCCCCUCACCCCCCCUCCCAGGGUGCCAGUGUUCCAGAGGAAGGGGGCGCUGAAACACAAGAGGAUCAUCGAGGUCAAGGACCACCAGUUCACCGCUCGCUUCUUCAAACAGCCCACCUUCUGCAGCCACUGCACUGACUUCAUCUGGGGAAUUGGAAAGCAGGGAUUUCAAUGUCAAGUGUGCAGUUUCUCUGUCCACAAGCGAUGUCACGAGUAUGUAACCUUCACCUGUCCUGGAGCCCCCACUGCUCCUACAGAAGACUUGAAGAGUAAACACAGAUUUCGACCUCAGACCUACACUUCUCCAACGUUCUGUGAUCACUGUGGUUCUCUGCUCUAUGGCCUUAUCCAACAGGGCAUGAAAUGCUCCUGUUGUGAGAUGAAUGUCCACAAGCGUUGUGAGAGCCUGGUGCCCAGCCUGUGUGGUCAAGAUCAUACAGAGAAGAGAGGCAGGAUCCACCUGACCGUCCGGGGAGAGAACGAGGACAUCUUCAUCACAGUGCGGGAGGCUCGUAACCUGAUCCCCAUGGACCCCAAUGGUCUGUCUGACCCCUACGUGAAGCUCAAGCUAAUCCCUGACCCUAAGAGCCAGAGCAAACAGAAGACCAAGACUAUCCGCUCCACACUCAACCCCGUCUGGAACGAGAGCUUCACCUUCUCGGUGCGUGGGCGGCAGUGGGACCGUCGUCUGUCGGUGGAGGUGUGGGAUUGGGAUCGUACGUCUCGGAAUGACUUCAUGGGAUCGCUGUCGUUCGGAGUGAGCGAGAUAUUCCGUCACUCAGUUAGCGGCUGGUUCAAACUGCUGGAUCAGGAUGAGGGAGAGUACUACAACAUGCCUGUCCCUGACGAAAAUGAGCCUAGUGGUCUAGAUGCUAUUCCCCCCUCCCUUCUCCCCCCCUCCCUGAGGCCUGCCCCUGUGUCUGUGUCUGUCCCUGUCCCCGUGUCUGUCCUGUCCCCCUCAGCCCCGUCAGUCCCCUGUCUGGCCACCCUAACUGCAGGACCGGUCAAGCCCAGGGUUUGCCUCCAGGACUUCAACUUCCUCAUGGUGCUGGGAAAAGGCAGCUUCGGAAAGGUACUGCUGGCUGAGGAGAGAGGAAGUGAGCGGCUGUUUGCGGUGAAGGUGUUGAAGAAGGAUGUGCUGUUCCAGGAUGAGGACACAGAGAGCGCCAUGGUGGAGAGGAGGGUUCUGGGACUGGCCAACCGCCCCCACUUCCUCACAGCACUCUACUCAGCCUUCCAGACAGAGGACCGUCUCUACUAUGUGAUGGAGUAUGUCAACGGAGGAGACCUCAUGUUUCACAUCCAGAUAGUUGGCAAGUUCAAAGAGCCUCACGCAGCGUUCUAUGCAGCAGAGAUAGCCAUAGGCCUCUUCUUCCUCCAUACUAAAGGAAUCAUCUACAGGGAUCUGAAGCUGGAUAACGUGUUGCUGGACAGUGAGGGUCAUAUAAAGAUAGCUGAUUUUGGGAUGUGCAGGGAGGGCAUGUUUGAAGGUGAUACUACACGUACCUUCUGUGGGACCCCAGACUACAUCGCACCAGAGAUUGUAGCCUACCAGUCCUAUGGUAAGGCAGUUGACUGGUGGUCAUAUGGGGUGCUGCUCUAUGAGAUGUUGGCUGGACAGCCUCCCUUUGAUGGUAUUGAUGAGGAGGAGUUAUUUCAGUCCAUCAUGGAGCAGAGUGUCUCCUAUCCCAAGAGUCUGUCCCGUGAGGCCGUCGCCAUCUGCAAGGGGCUCCUGACCAAGCACCCAGCGAAGCGACUGGGUGGAGGGGAGGAGGGGGAGAAAGAGAUACGGGAGCAUCCCUUCUUCCGUUGGAUGGACUGGGACCGACUGGAGAGAAUGGAGAUACAGCCUCCCUUCAAACCCAGAACUGGUGGGAAGAAAGGGGAGAACUUUGACAAGUUCUUCACAGCGGCUCCGUCCGUGCUGACACCCUCUGACCCUGACGUUCUGGCGGCCAUUGACCAGGAAGACUUCCUGGGCUUCUCCUUCAUUAACCCUGAGCUCGCCCCCCCGACCCUCACUGCCAUCUGAGGGGGGGCAGCUCUCUGUAUUUUUAUCCUCUUCUCUUGGUCUGAAGGGAGCAGCUCUGUCUCUCUCUAUGCUCUCUGUCUGAGGGGGGGGGGGCUCCCCCCACAUUCCCCUCACCAUCUAACAGUCUUUUUCUAAAGCAAAUUUCAAAACAGAGAAUAGCACACAAUUUAAACACAAACAAUCAGUCUACACAACCUACAGAUAACUCUCCCUCUGUGCUAAACUCUAGAGCCUGAGUUCAUGGCUUAUUCUUCAGAGGAAAAUCUGUGUGAUACGGGGAUGGAUGGGCAGAUUAGUGGUAAAAGUCAAAUAACACAUUUAGUUGAUGCAAUGCAUACAAAACAACAUCACUGUUAUUUAAAGAUGAUGCAGUUCAUUGCAAACAGAUACUGUAAGAUGACACUGAAUCUGACUUAAAUCUGUAGUGAUUUUAAGGUAAAUGUAUUUUAUGACAUGGUAUCAUGCUAUUGUGGUAUCAAUAUCAGAUCUAUUACAUAGAAAUACAGCUAGAGCUGUCUAUAUGCCACAUGUAUAAUCUAUUACAUAGAAAUACAGCUAGAGCUGUCUAUAUGCCACAUUUAUGAUCUAUUACUUAUGAAAUUAAUUACCUCUGAUAUUAUGUAAAGCAGUAUUUCUUGUGUCAUGUAAUGUCAUAUUGUGUUCUAUUACAUUGUUCUAUUAUAUUAUUACCCAACAAUUGCUCCUUGUUUUGUGUUUCCAAUUUAACUUCAAUCCAUUGAUGAUAUAAUUGUGAUAUAUAGCUAGAAACCUAGAAGAUGGGUAAGAAAUCAAAUCAAUCAUUAUAUAUUACUGCUUGAAGAAAAGUUGCUCCUAAUCAGUGAUCUGGGAUCAGAUUCUCCUACCUACCCCCAGUCCUAACUUUAACCGUUAGACCUGAGGUGAGGUGAAUGGUAACCAUUCUUGAAAAUGAAACCAUCUAACCGUGUUCUGAGGUUAAGGGUUAUUUUAACUAACUGCAUGAUUACUUACUC